AGCCCGUCCAGGUGGGGGCUCCCGCCUCCGCACGCCCUCGGCAGCCGCAGUCCCCGCCCCGCUCCUCGGUCCCGGCGGCAGCCACCCCCGGUCGUCCGAGUCCCUCCUAAGACCCCCCUCGGCUCCCGCGGGGCUCACAGCGUCGUCCUCCCCGCCUGGCUGCCCGCGGGCUCGAGUUCGGGGCAGCGCCGGGAGCCCGACCUGAGCCGUGGUGCCAGGCCCGCGGGGAGACUGCCAGGAGGAGGGCAGUGCGUCUCUCUACUGUCCCCCACUGGGCACCAGACAACGAAGGGGCUUCCAGGGCAGCCCAGGAAAAAGCCUCCACAGCAAGCAGGGCUUCCCUGCCUCUGCAGACCAGGAAAUACCAGAGAGGCCGAGUCCGGCACCCCGGCCAUGUGCAGCCCUGAGGAGGCGGCCCUGCUGCGGCUGGAGGAGGUCUUCUUAGCCACCCUCGCCCGUGUCAACAGCCUUGUCCUCAAGCCCCUGCUUCUAGCUGCCCCAGAGCCCUCAGAUUCCUGGGGCAGAGAAUGCCUGCAGCUCCUGCAACAGCUGCACAAGAGCUCCCAGCAGCUCUGGGAAGUGACGGAGGAAAGUCUGCACUCACUGCAGGAGAGGCUGCGUCACCCGGACUCCACCGGUCUGGAGUCCCUGCUGCUGCUGCGAGAUGCUGACCGUGUCCUGCAGGCCCAUGUGGAGUAUAUCAAGUCUUACACAAGCUGCAUGGUGGUGCAGGCCUUCCAGAAGGCAGCAAGGAGGAGAGGCGAGUAUUGGCGGGGCCAACGGAAGGCGCUGCGCCAGCUGCUGUCAGGCCUGAGCUCAGAGGGCUCGGUGGGCGCAUCGCUGGGCCAGGCCCUCCACCAGCCACUCGCCCAUCAUGUGCAACAGUACGUGCUCCUCCUGCUGAGCCUCGGGGACACCACUGGGGAGCAUCACCCAUCCUGGGCGCUGGUGGUGAACGCAAUCACCGUCUUUGGGAACCUGCAAUCCUUCAUGAAGCAGGCAUUGGACCAGGCUGCGGCCAUGCAGGCUCUCUGGCACACCCUGAGAGGCCGGCCAAGGGAUGUCCUCUGCACCCCUGCUCACAGACUCCUGCAGGACAGCCACGACGUGCCCGUGACAGUUUCACCCCUGCGGGCUGAGCGUGUGCUGCUUUUCGAUGAUGUCCUCGUUUUGCUGCAGGGCCACAACGUCCACAGCUUUGAUCUGAGGCUGGUGUGGGUGGAUCCUGGGCAGGACGGGCGCACAUUUCACCUCCUCACGCCGGAAGAAGAGUUCUCCUUCUGUGCCAAGGACUCCCAGGGCCAGGCCGUCUGGCAGUGGAAGGUGACCCAGGCCGUUCGCCAGGCCCUGCGAGGGAAGAAGGACUUCCCUGUGCUGGGGGCUGGCCUGGAGCCCCCCGAGCCUCCUGCCCACCGCUGUGCAGCAUAUACCUUCCGCGCGGAGGGCCGGCUCUGCCAGGCCACCUACGAGGGCGAGUGGUGCAGGGGCCGGCCCCAUGGCAAGGGAACCCUGAAAUGGCCGGAUGGGCGGAAUCACGCGGGGAAUUUCUGCCAGGGCCUGGAGCACGGCUUCGGCAUCUGCCUGCUGCCCCAGGCCUCGGAGGACAGGUUCGACUGUUACAAGUGUCACUGGCGAGACGGCAUUAUGUGUGGCUACGGCAUCUGUGAGUACAGCACCGACGAGGUGUACAAGGGUUACUUCCAGGAGGGCCUGCGGCACGGCUUUGGGGUCCUUGAGAGUGGCCCACAGACCCCCCAGCCCUUCAGAUACACGGGCCACUGGGAGAGGGGCCAGAAGAGCGGCUAUGGCGUUGAGGAGGACAGUGACAGGGGUGAGCGCUACAUUGGCAUGUGGCAGGCUGGUCAGCGCCACGGCCCGGGAGUCAUGGUCACCCAGGCAGGUGUCUGCUACCAGGGCACCUUCCAGGCGGACAAGAUCGUGGGCGCAGGCAUCCUCCUCUCUGAAGACGACUCCCUGUAUGAGGGCAGCUUCAGCAGGGACCUGACCCUCAUGGGGAAGGGCAAGGUCACCUUCCCCAAUGGCUUCACCCUGGAGGGCUCGUUUGGCAGUGGGGCAGGGAGAGGACUGCACACACAGGGUGUGCUGGACACGGCCGCCCUCCCACCAGACCCGAGCAGCACCCGCAAGAGGCAGCUGGGCCUGGGUGCCUUCCCUGUGGAAAGCCGCUGGCAGGGAGUCUACAGCCCCUUCCGGGACUUUGUGUGUGCUGGCUGCCCCGGGGACCUGCAGGAGGCCCUGCUGGGCUUCCACGUGCAGAGCUCCAGGAAGCUGCGCAAGUCUCAGGAUUACCUGUGCUGCGAGAGGGCCCACCCCAAGGACAGUGGGGGCAGUAUGGAAGACAUCCUGGAGGAGCUGCUGCAGCAUCGGGAGUCCAAGGCCCUGCAGCCGUACCUCAGGAAGGCUCUGAGCAACUCACUGCACCCCCUGGGAAAGCUGCUCCGGACACUGAUGCUGACCUUCCAGGCCACCUACGCAGGUGUCGGGGCCAACAAGCACCUGCAGGAGCUGGCCCAGGAGGAGGUGAAGCAGCACGCGCGGGAACUCUGGGCCGCCUACAGGAGUCUCCUGCGAGUUGCCUUACAGCGCAAGGGCCAGACCCUGGAGGAGGAUGAAGACGCAGAGACAAGGGACCUCCAGGUGCAUGGAUUGGUGCUGCCCCUCAUGCUGCCCAGCUUCUACUCAGAGCUCUUCACACUCUACCUGCUGCUUCACGAGCGGGAGGACAGCUUCUACAGCCAGGGCAUCGCCAACCUGAGCCUCUUCCCCGACACCCAGCUGCUGGAGUUCCUGGAUGUGCAGAAGCACUUGUGGCCCCUCAAGGACCUCAGGCUGACGAGCAAUCAGAGGUGCUCCCUGGUCAGGGACAAGUGCUUCCUGUCAGCCACCGAGUGCCUGCAGAAGAUCAUGACCACGGUGGAUCCACGGGAGAAGCUGGAGGUGCUGGAGAGGACGUACGGGGAGAUUGAGGGCACCGUGUCGCGGGUGCUGGGUCGGGAGUACAAGCUGCCCAUGGACGACCUGCUGCCGCUGCUCAUCUACGUGGUGUCACGUGCCCGAAUUCAGCACCUGGGAGCUGAGAUCCACCUGAUCCGUGACAUGAUGGACCCCAUCCACACAGGAGGCCUGUAUGACUUCCUGCUCACGGCCCUGGAGUCCUGUUACGAGCACAUCCAGAAAGAAGACAUGAGGCUGCGCCACUUACCUGGCCACUGGCACUCCAGGGAGCUCUGGUAGCUUGGCCUCUCCUGGACAGACUGCAGAGCUGAGCAGGGCACUGCCAGUCUGUCCCUCAUCACCCAAGGCAAAGGGCAGGACAGGCCCUUGGAGGCAGCUCUUGGAGGAGACGAUCAUUUGUUUUGCACAGGAAGAUGCUUCUGCCCUGCCUGGCAUGAGAGUGAGGGGUGAUGGACGUGGCCCAGGACCUGGUGGAUUUCCCUUGGCCACUUGCCAAUCUCCAAUGACCCCUUAAUCUGCAGCAGCUCACAGGCUGGGCGUGAGGAGCCCCUGGCUUCUCUUAGCCUGAGCGUUUCUCCCAAGUUACGGAGCCUCAGUGCUGCCAUCUGUACAAUGGGAGUGAGUAGGCUAUAAAGGACCUUCCACCCAUCUUGCUGAAUUCCAGUGUCCUUUCAGAAGGCUGACUUUAGUCUGUUGGGCUGUACUGAAAUUCUCAUGUCACUGUUGGUCUCUUACCUGUUUCUCUACUCCUGGUUGGAAGGCUGUGAGCUGCAGCGCCUUCUACCUACCACUGUUUAUCUGGCCCUUUUCCCUCAGGUGGUCUCGUGGGGGACUUGCCUCCUUCCCAGCUCUGUCCCUGGGCCAAAAGCUCCUACUCCACUUCAACCUGCUGGGUGACCUCUGGCAGGCCCUAAGCCUCACUGGGUAUGCAGUCAACAGGAUGGGCCUGUAGGUCUGUGAACUGCAGGCCACGUACCCAUGACGUAAAUGGCGGCGCUGGAGCAAGCUGGGGUGGGGAGGGGAGGAAGCCUCACUGCCAGCAGGCUCCACAUGGCCCGUGAGUCACACGCCUGUGGCAUCUGUGGGCCUGCCUGACGGUGGACAGCAGGGGCACAUGACACCUGCCUGGGCCCUGACCAGUAAGCCCCUUGGAUGCGAGACCCUGCUGGGGUUGGGGAGCAGGGGUAGCUUUGGGAGGGGGGGACUUUAUUUAAACAGUGGUUCUAGUGUGGGACCAAGAGAGGCAGGAGCUGGGUCUUGGGGCAGCUUCAUUCCUGCUGGGUCUCAGUUUCUUUUCCCCACACUGAGGGGCUUGGGCCAGGUGACCUGCAGGGUCUCCCUCUGUCCUAACAGGAGAUGCAUGAUGACAGGCAGUGUGAUAUGUUCUGAAAGGGUCCAAGGCAAAUCAUAGGGAGAGGGUGGGUUUGUGCAGGGUGCAGCCCCGGAGAAGAGGUGGAUCGCUCCUGGUCCCACUCCUGCUGAGCAAGUCAGGCUCCUGGCUCUGCGCAUGGCUCCCCCAAUGAAGUACUGACCUCAGCCUAUGAGGAGGGGCUGAGGGAGGCUCUGGAAAGCCCAGUCACACCUGAAUCCCCCUGAAUCAGGGCAGAGGGCACCUGCAGAGCCCCAGAGAUGAUGUGGGCAACGAGCAGAGAGAGACCGGUGCCUCUGUUCACCGCCACCUCCUUAGGAAGAAAGAAAGCCUUUCUCUGGCUGGUUCCACUAAAUGUGCCAGCCCAAAUGUAGGGCACGGACUCUGGUUCUGCCAGGAGCCUGUGACACUCCCAAGAAGGGGGUGGAACUGAGGAAGAGCGAGGAUGUGUAGGAUGCACAGGCACUCAUGCUUACCAGAGACUGUGGCAGCUCACUAGGAUUCUAAUCCCUUGCAACUGGUGUCAGCCAGCUCUCGUUCCCGGACAAGCAAGGACAGCCUGACCCUGCCCUCACAUGCAGCCAGCCCCAAGUUCCGGCAAUGCUGCCAGGAACCCCUCAUACUUCCCUGCCUCCUUUGGGAUUUGCGAACCCUUGUUGCAGUUCAGAUUCCACAAGACCCUCUGCCCACCCUCUCACUAGGCCUCACCCAACCAGUGAAACUGGAGCCUCUGGCUAUGCACAGUGGCUCACUUUGGGAGGCUGAGGCAGGAAGAUUUCUGGAAUCUGAGAGUUCAAGACCAACCUGGGCAACAUAGUGAGACCCUGUCUGUACAAAAAUAAAAUAAAAUAAAAAAGUGAUUAGCUGGG